AUGUGGGCUGAUACUGAAAUCCAUUUUCACUUGCAGGAACGGCAAUUCGAUACCAAAGAUUUGAAAAAUCUAAUUAUUAACUUUAAUACCAAAACAUGCAGUUAUGAAGUGGAUUUACCAUGUUUACCGCGCACAAAUGAUGAACAAAAAACGCCGCCGGAAAAAUGCGAUGCAGAGAAAAAGUGUUCGGACGGCAAAUUACCUCCAUUCAUUGAAUUAUGGAAACUUAAAAGAAUCACGGAUAAUUGCUAUUUAAAAAUAGACAGAAAUGGUGUACUGUUAAAAUUUGUUGCAGAUUAUGGAUAUGGAUUUUUUUUUUGGUAUAGAGGAAAAUUAACUGGAGCCGAUGGACCAGCUGUAGCACAAAUGUUUUUUUUUCAUAUGGUCAGCCCAUUACAGCGAAGUAUUGAUCGCGAAAUAGACGAAAUGUUUUUUUUUUCGCGUGACCAGUAUAAAUUGAAUUUCGUUGAAUUGCAAAUACCGGAAGGACAUGAAAACCCCAUGAAAUACAGCAGUAAAAUUAAUGACUCUAAACUAACGCGCGACGAAGAAUGUCUGCUACAUAAUUUAACACGCAAGUCUCUUGAUGUAUCUUUUUUUUUUGAUCAGAGUGAAGUUGAUUGUGGGCUGAUAUGUAUACUUUUGGCGAUUUGUUUUUUUUUCCGUACCACAGCUGAUGAGCCUACCUGCGAGAGUGCCUGGACACGUAGUAUUCUCUUUUUUUUUCUAUCUUAUUUUGAGCCAUUUGAAAAUGUUAAAGAUGUCGUUGUUAGUUUUUUUUUUUUUACACUCAUUUAUCCACUCUAUCGUAAUUAUGAUUUAGGGCGUUUGUCUCUUUUUUUUUUUAUUGAUGGUUUGAAAAAAAGUCCUGCAUGGGUGUUAAAGCAAUUACUACAAUUUUUUUUUCUUUUUGCAAGCGGCGAUGGUCAUCAGCUCAUAUUCAAUCGUUACUACAUUUUUUUUUUUAUACGUUAUGUUGCCGAUAAUAAUCGUUGUAGUGCUACACAUUUACAAUUGUUUUUUUUUAAUUUGAAAAAUGUGAUGUUGGAUGUGUCCAAGAAGCAUUUGCAUCUGGAGUUUUUUUUUAUCGAGACUGAGCUGUUGAAGGAAUUGAUUACAGAUAUACAUUUAGACAAUUUUUUUUUUAGCGAGGAAGAUGAAACGGACGAUAAUACAGAUGAAGAUUGUGAUGAUGAUUUUUUUUUUGAUGACGACGAUGAUGAUGGUGAAGACGACAAUGUAAAUGAAGGCAGUGGCUUUUUUUUUGGCGAAGAGGCGAGUAAAUCCUCGUCAAUAACAGCAACUUCUCCUUCCACCUUUUUUUUUGAGCAGAAUAGUGUAAUUGAACAAAGUAAUGAGGUUGUGCAAGACUCGCAUUCCUUAGGCGACCUGACCUUUGGAGUGAAGAAACGCACACAGCUUUAG